AAUAACGUUACACUUCCUCAAGAUACGCUCGUCAUGUGUUCAUUGAAAAGUUUUGGUGGUCGACGUAUCCGUAUCUCCAAUAUUUUUUUGAGCUAGCUGUGUGUCUACAGUAUACUGAAUUAAUAUAUCUCUGAUUUGUGUACUUUGAUUUUUUUUCAACUGGCACAAUACUUAAGACAAAUUAACAAGGCUACGUUAGUUUAUGGGAAGCUACCCUCAUCAUCCGGCUAAGCAGUGCCGCAUGUUGCACUGAUACUUUUUUUAGCGGUUCUUACAAUCGAAUUAAAGAUUGUUGUCAGGCUUGUUAAUAGUGCUGUCGAAAACCAGAAAGUCCCUCAGACCAUGGUUUUCUUUACCUGCAAUGCAUGUGGCGAAUCUCUGAAGAAAGCUCAAGUCGAUAAACAUGUGAACAUGUGCCGGGGUUGCCAAAUGUUAUCAUGCAUAGAUUGCGGGAAAGACUUCUGGGGAGAAGACUACAAGAACCACAUCAAAUGCAUCACUGAGGAUCAGAAGUAUGGAGGCAAAGGCUUUGAGGCCAAGUCAAAUAAAGGGGAAUUUAAACAGCAACAAUGGAUUCAGAGAAUCCACGAAGCAAUGAAUAAACAAGGAGUCAACGCCAUGCUGAAAGACAUUCUUAACCAAGUCAGUUCGUAUGACAAUGUUCCACGAAAAAAAGCAAAGUUUCAGAACUGGAUGAAAAAUAGUUUAAAGAUUCUCAACCCUACUUUACAUGCCCAAGUGUGGGACAUCUUUUCAGCAACUACCGACAAUCCUCCUGAAGUCCUUAAAAAAACGGAGGAACCAAAGCAUCCUGUGUCCGAAAACAAGGCAGAAACCAAUGGAAGUCAACCAACUUACCAAAAUGGAGCACCAGAGGAGCUGGCUCCUGACAAGAAGAAGCUGAACAAGCGAGAGCGCAAGGAGGCAAGACAGAAGAAGAGUGGGAAAAUCAAGAAAAGUCAGGAGAAUGAUGGUUCAAAGGAUCAGCAGGAGGAGGCCAACAAAGGAAAGGCCAAGAAAAGGAAGAGAAGCUCUGCAGAGGAGGGUGGAGUGGAGAACGGGCACACUGGAGAAUGGACAUCUACUAAGAAACAGAAGAAAACCAAGGAUAGUUGUGAAGAUAACCAAGACACAGAGGUUGCUGAGGAACUGACAGAGCAAUCUCAUAGUGAGGCAGGUUCUAAAGAACAUAAGCUGAUAUGGCUGUUCCUGUUGUUAGCCUGUAAAAGUGUGCAUUCUAACAUAAAAUGUAAAUUCAAUUGGAAGGGAACAAUCAAGGCAGUCCUCAGACAAUCACCAGAGGAGGGUCUCUCUGUGAAGAAACUUAGGAAGAAGGAUCAAACUGAGGGAAGUUUAGAUUUAGAGGGUAGCCUGAUGUCUGAAAUAACCCGCCUCCCUCACCGACUGGUACACCAAGUCCUUACCUGGAGCCUUCACCUAGAGCUAUGUCUAGUGGCAGGGGGAAAAGAAAGGCCUCUCCGGAGAUGACCCCAUACCAUGCUCAAAUACUUUCUCGAUUAGACCAAGCCCAGAACAAAUACACAGAAAACGAACACCAUCUCCUCAGUCUGGCACCAACACUUGACCGCCUUGAUCCUCGAAAGCAAGCCAUGGCAAGGCUUCGCUUUCAACAAGCCUUAUUUGACAUUAAAUUCGGAGAAUAAUGUAGUAUAUUCUAUUUGUUUUUGUAAUUAUUAUUGAUUAAAUUAAACCUAUCAUUAUAUUUA